GCUCUUGCGGGAUUGUAGUGGAGGUGGCAGCAGCGUCGUGAAAUGCCAUGAUCAGUCAUCACAGUCAGACGUGAACGUCGUGAGGAGGAUGCAGACAGGUCUUGACGUUGGAGCUGUUGAGAAGCGUAGUUUUUGCAUAUGCCCACCAGGACAUGAGACAGCCUCUACCACAUCUGUGGAGCAGACUGAGGUGGUGGAGACAUUCAGGAUUAGUACACGCAACGACGCGGAGCCUGCAGGGGAGCUUUCAUCAAUGAGAGCAGUCGCAAACGAUCACCGACUGGAAGGACAUACUCUUACGCGAUUGAGCAGCGUAGUUAUUACAAAGAACUACGAUAAGGGGACGGCGACUUCAAUUGAGUUUAAAGAUACAACAGGACGAGGAUCCAAGAGGAGUAGUAGCUUCGUGGGCGAGCC